CAGAAUGGCUUCUGUUGCUGCUUCAACAUUAGUAAUUGCUGUUCCUUCUUUAAAAAGACAUGCCAAUGAGUCCCACAUCGAAAGACACUGCGCAGAUUUUCACCCUUCUAUUUGGACCGAUCAUUUCCUUCAAUUUGCCUCUCACUCUUCUGCACUCUUCUAACGAAGAUGAUGGUGAAACGGUGCAGCACAUUGAAGCACUGAAAGAGGAAGUGAGGAAGAUGCUUGUUCCUACCAAUGAAAAGCCCUCCAUUUCUAAAGUUGAAUUGAUUGAUUCAAUUCAACGCUUGGGUUUGGGACAUCAUUUUGAAAGUGAAAUUGAACAAGUGUUGCAACAAACUCACCAGCACUACGUUCAAAAUGGUCAACUCACUCUUGAUGCAGACCUACGCCUCCUUGCUUUGCUUUUCAGAUUAUUGAGACAAGAUGGAUAUCUCAUUUCACCUGAUGCGUUUAACAAGUUUAAAGAUGAACAAGGAAACUUUAGUGAGAGAAUUAGGAACGAUGUGGAAGGAAUGCUGAAUUUGUACGAAGCUGCUCAUCUGAGUAUUCACGGAGAAGACACCUUAGACGAAGCAAUCACUUUCACUUCCACUCAGCUUCAGGCUAUCAGUAACACUGUUGAACCCAACACUUUUGUUGGUGAACAAGUCCAUAAUAGCUUAAGGCAAUCUCUCCACAGGGGAUUGCCACGGUUAGAGGCUCGAAAGUAUAUUUCAAUAUACCACUUAUAUCCUUCUUACAAUGAAGUCUUGCUAACUUUAGCUAAAUUAGAUUUCAAUACCCUUCAAAAGUCACAUCAGAAAGAAGUUGCAGACAUUUGCAAGUGGUGGAACAGCUUGGAUGUGCCGAGAAGUCUAUCAUAUGCGAGGGAUAGGAUAGUGGAAAGUUGCUUUUGGAUUCUUGGAGUUUAUUACGAGCCUCAAUACUCUCUAGGCAGAUUCAUUCUCACCAAAGUGAUGGCCGUUUUAUCCCUCAUUGAUGAUACUUAUGAUGCUUAUGGAACUAUCGAUGAGUUAACGAUCUUCACUGACGCACUUGAGAGGUUGGAUAUUUGCUGCCUCCAUGAUCUCCCAGAAUACAUGAAGCUAAUUUACAAGGCACUGUUGAAUGUUUAUGAUGAAAUGGAUCAAAACGUGAGGAAGGAAGGCAGAGAAUACAGUCUUAACUAUGCAAAAUCUGAACUGAAGAAGGUGGUGCGAGCCUUCAUGAGAGAGGCCGAAUGGUUCAAUGGAAACUAUGUACCAACAACACAGGAGUAUCUCGACACUGCAACAAGAUCUUGUUCUUUUCAAAUGCUCUCAACCAUAUCUUUCUUUGGGCUGGGACAUAUUGCCACUGAGGACAUAUUCAAAUGGGUUACAAGUGGCCCAAAACUCGUAAAAGCUUGUUCAAUCAUUUGCAGGGCCAUGGAUGACAUCGUCUCUAGCGAGUUUGAGCAAAAACGAGGGCACGUCGCUUCGGCCCUGGAUUGCUACAUGAAAGAACAUGGUGUGUCAAGAGAAGAAGCCAUUGAUGAGUUCCGUAAGGUUACAAAUAAUGCGUGGAAGGAUAUGAAUGAAGAAUUCCUGAGACCUUUGGAAGUGGCGAGGCCUUGUAUGAUGCCAGUUCUGAACCUCGCUCGUGUGAUGGACGUGCUUUACAAAGAAGAAGAUAAUUACACUCAUGCUCAAGGAAUCAUGAAAGAUUUCAUUACAGCUUUACUGGUGGAUCCUGUGCCAACAUGAGCAAUAUAUAUAUAUAUAUAUAUAACCCAAUUUAGAAGGAUGAUGAAUAAAAUUUGUAAUAUAUAUGCUUGGUUUGUUUGUGUAAAUCAAGAUCCUGCUAUGCCAAUAUAUAUAAGACCUUACCAAAAAUAACAAAGUUCAUGGGUUUUAUCAGA